AUGAAGAUCACUUCCAAAGUGCCAUCGCUCAAACUAAGAUCAAGGACCAGGGCCCCGGAUUGUUUCGGGCCGUCAUUGCUCGAAAGACCUGGAGAGUUCGCCGACCAGGUGAAGUCAACAAUUUGGAUGUGGUUCAAGAUUCUCCAGGAGCAAGAGUCGGAUGUCGACUCGGCUCAUCGUUCCAAAACACAAGGCGUUUUAGCAAAAUAUACGGAAGUUAAUUAUAGCGAUGAACGGAGUACAAGCGUCUAUAAAAAUAAAAAUAAAAAUAAAAAGGACUUUGAUAAAGAAGUUGCCCUGAUGCCCUUCUCUUCAACGUCAUGUGGGGGCCGACAGUGCAAGCGAGACGUUGAGCAAGCACUAGCGCCAUUGGCAGAGACCAAACAUGACCUCGGGAUUGUGUGGGAUGAUAUGAGCGGGUGGAGAGGCUGGAAGUUUGGCCCGAAACGUCGUAUUUUGGACGGAGUCCCGGGUCUGCGUGGUGAAUUGGCCUGUCGAUCAUCCGAGCAGGGAUUCCGGGCAUCAGGCGAUCUUCACCACACUGGGAGCCGUGAGAUUAUUCCAGAAGACUCUGCUCGACGGGAGCGAUAUGGGUUUCCACAGAGCUGGCAUCACCUUGUUUCAGAACAAACUGGUGUUUCAGGAACACCAAUUCCAGAUAAUUUCCCUCUGUAUUUUCUGCCCAGCAGAAGGUGGCUUUCAAACAAAACAACACGGACAAGCAUACAGGCGGAAACAUGGCCUGGUCCGUCCAAAAGCUGGUCUUUGACGAUGAACGUCCUACUGAUAACGGAUUGGGACCUUGCCCCCGCCUGA